CAGAUGGACCUUAGGACUCGAGUGGCACGGCUGAAAAAAUAACCGUGUUCAAGCACAACCUGUAAUUGGUCAUCAUUUACUACUUAAACUCGCGAGAAGCACAUGUGAAAGCAGUGGGUUUGCCAAACACAUAAAAAAGCAAUCAUGUCUCUCAGAAAUUUUCUGUUGCAAUUUUCAGUUUGCAUUUUCAUUGCAAGUGUUGCCCUAACUCAAGCAGCAACUCUGAAUGAGAAGCAUGUCCGAGAAACGAAGAAUAUUCGCAUAGCGCCGAAACGAAGUAGCUACGAAGUGAAGCAUCUGCCCAAUUAUAAAGUUCCUGAACGCAGCCAGAAAGCCAAAGAUGCCCUGUACGCAUGUAAUACCACGGAAACGCCUGGCGUAAUAUUUCCUGAAGAAGGUGCCCAUGGAGAAAUCGUGUCCAUGUCAUUGAACGGAUGCAGCUCUGUCACUGAUGACUUGUGCGGCUAUGAAGUUUAUGAUCAACGAGACUACAAUUACCAAAUUGUAUUCAAAGCCGGAGGAAUAUCUACCUUUCCCCGCUUCAUAACGGAAGGUUCCUACACGGUUUGCUCGUGGUUUAUGUGUCUCAACCUUUGGUUCGAUUUGAUCAAAGAUCCCAUCGAAUUUGGAGGUCCCCUAAUUGCAGGAGAAUAUUAUCAUGUGAAUUAUACUGGAUUCAUGGACAUGGGUGAUUAUUUUGAGUCGCCGUCCUACACUUUUGAAACAUGGGCGGCCGUUGGUGACCAUGAUUGUUGGCUGCCAGAAUAUGAAGCUGAGGACAAAGAAGUUCAAUCUGUCGGGACCGAUGACUAUCCCGAAUGUCCACCAGAAGAUUGUUGGUGCUCGACCGGCAAGAUUGGCACAAAAAUAUUCGAAAAUUGGAUCAACCUGGAGACUUGUUUCAAAACUAAGGUGACCUAUUUCCGAGCUAAUUGAGACAUCUGAAAUGGUUUUGGACGGCUAACAUUAAAAAUAUGUACGUAUGUACAUAUGUAUAUGUAAUUCGUCAUGUCUAUUUGGACUAAUUCGGGAAAAAGUUUGGCAGCAAUAUCAUCACUUUCUGUGAAACAAAUUAAAUUAAAUAAUAAAUGUUAACACGAAGCAAGUUA